AUGAAGACAACGUUGUCAUUCACGGUCGCGGACAUGGGUGCGCGCAAAUCCUGGGCCAAGGACAUGCUGUUGCAUGAGGAUGCCGGGUCCGUCUGGGACUCAAUUAUUUUCUCGGACGAGAAAAAAUGGAAUCUUGACGGGCCCGACGGCUUUCAGUACUAUUGGAGAGAUGUGCGCUAG